GCGUGAACGCGGAAGAGCAGGAGCGGAAGCGCGCGCGCGUGACCGGAGGCGCGUCAGAGAUGGACCGGACCGGAUCAUGGAGCUCGUGUCUGUCCUGCUGAACCGAGCCUGGCGUUUAACGGGACUCUCUGACAAGAGAAGCAGGAGGAUGGAGGAGAAAGCGCUGGAGGUGUACGACGUGAUCCGGACGAUCCGUGACCCGGAGAAGCCCAACACUCUGGAGGAGCUGGACGUGGUGACGGAGAAGUGUGUGGAGGUGCAGGAGCUCGGAGACGACGAGUAUCUGAUCAUCAUCAGGUUCUCUCCAACCGUCCCACACUGCUCUCUGGCCACCCUGAUUGGUCUGUGUUUGCAGGUCAAGCUUCAGCGCUGCCUGCCGUUCAAGCACAAGCUAGAGAUUUACAUCACGGAGGGAACGCACUCGACCGAGGAGGACAUUAACAAACAGAUCAAUGAUAAAGAGCGCGUGGCGGCCGCGAUGGAGAACCCAAACCUGCGUGAGAUGGUGGAGCAGUGCGUGACCGAACCGGACGACUGACAGACGGCUGAUCGAACCUUUCCUC